UCCAUAGGUACACCUGUUCGCGGUUUUGCCGAUCCAUAUAUAACCGACGAACCAACCAACCCUCUUGUUUCUUUGGGGGAACAAAUUGAUAACGGUGAAACUGAAAUGGUCUGACGUCGCGCUCGUCGGACAUCGCGCGUUGCGUUUACGUCGCGAUCCGGAGACGGAGGAGAGUUUUUUCGCGACUUGGUGCAGGGGGUGAGGGUUGAUCCGAUCACUUUUUCCGGGGGUAGGGGGCACUCGCAACGUGGCUGCCGCGACACCGAUGAUCGGCUCUCCCUUUACCCGCGUGUGCUUGUGCGGUGCCACGUGCCAAGUGCAGCCAAUAAGUGCGCGAGUGUUGGCUUCGAGUUCGGCCAAUAGGAUUACCGGAUGAUCUGGACCCGGGUUGGAUGCAGGCGGUAAUGAAGCGCUCGGAAUUUGGAGGAACUCGUGCCAGACCGUGAUUUACCUAAGAACCCCGCCGACCGGAACCUCGAACCACUCGGUAAGUGACGUUGCGACACUCGAGGGGCGGCUCGGCACCCGGUACUCGCGGAUUCCAUUUACCAUGCCGACAUGAGUCGACUCGCCCUGCGGCAGUGCUGUAAGGUGCGGCGUAGCGUCGACAGCGGCGAGCAGCACGGAACAGGAAGGAGACAUAACAACCGUCGCGUUGUCAUCGGCGCCUCCCCGAUCCAUCGUCAAGAGAGUCCGACAUCAUCGGAAUUAUCUGCCUAAUUAUCACGGAGAGGACGAAGCUUCGCUAUUAUUUAUCGCCCGGAAACGGUAGUAACGUGGUUCUAGUGCGGCCAAGAGUAGCAUCUACGCCCCUCGAAAACUCGGUGCCGUAUCGUCACCGUUCCGGAUAAGUGCGAAUGAAACCUGUACGAGUAUAUUAAAGAAUACGAGAAUCAGUGAAGUGUGCACGAAAUCCGCAUUGUAGAAAAGUAAAGUGGAAUAUCGAGUGAACGAAAUAAGGAAACGGAGCCUUAGCGGUGAUAGAGGCGCGGGUGAAAAGGUGUGGAUUUGCGGUGAUAGUGGUAGCAUGAGUUCGUACUUUGCCAAUCAGUUCGUUACUGACCUUCGCAAUGGCGGGGUCGAGCACCCCCAUCAGCACCAGCAGCACUACGGGGCUGCCGUCCAGGUGCCCCAGCAGACCCAGGGAAUGCAGCAGCAGCCUCAGCAGGCCGCCGACCCCUGCGACCCGAGCCUCCUCAGGCAGGGUGUUCCCGGUCACCACUACGGGGCGACGGCGGGACAGCAGGGCAUGCCGUACCCCAGGUUUCCACCCUACGAUCGAAUGGACAUUCGCAACGCAGCUUACUACCAGCAGCAGCAGGAGCACGCGGGGAUGGACGGCAUGGCCGGUUACAGGUCGUCGUCGCCGAGCUCGGCGAUGGGUGGGCACAUGGGGCACACGCCAACGCCGAACGGACAUCCGUCGACGCCGAUCGUCUACGCGAGCUGCAAGCUCCAGGCGGCCGCGGUCGACCACCAGGGUGGCGUCCUCGACGGACCCGACAGCCCCGACCCCCUCGUCGAGUCGCAAAUGCACCAUCAGAUGCACCCCCAGCAUCCCCACAUGCAGGCGCAGCAACCUCCGAUCCAGCAACAUCAGCAGCACAUGCAGCAGCAGCAGCACAUGAUGUACCAACAACAGCAGCAGGCCGCUCCUCAGCAGCAACAGGCCGCCAUGCACCCCCAGCAGCAGCAGCAACCUCCCCCCCAGCAUCAGGGCGUCGUCACGUCGCCCAUCGGACAGCAGCAGCAAGGAGCACCGCAGGGCACCGCCGGUGCCAACCUUCCCAGUCCGCUCUAUCCCUGGAUGAGGAGUCAGUUUGAGAGGAAACGGGGCAGGCAAACGUAUACGCGAUACCAAACAUUGGAGCUCGAGAAGGAGUUCCACUUCAAUCGGUACCUCACGAGGCGGCGACGCAUCGAGAUUGCGCACGCCCUAUGUCUUACCGAGAGGCAGAUAAAAAUCUGGUUCCAAAACAGAAGAAUGAAGUGGAAGAAGGAGAACAAGACGAAGGGCGAGCCAGGUUCCGGCGACGGCGACACGGACAUCUCGCCGCAGACCUCGCCGCAGGGUUGAACCCUGGACGCGGGUGAGCUUCCUACAGAGGUCUCUGCAUCUCUCAGGGUCGCACCUUGUCUUCAGCACUACCUCCUCCCCGAUGACCUCCAAAAUGACCCCCCCCCUGCCCUCCCCCCCCCGACCCCACACACAGCAAUGACGCUUAUCUUGUCGUGUUAAUCAAGUUGCUCGUACCAAAAAAUGAUGUUGUAGAGAAAUGGCAGAGUUGUUUUUUUUUUUUUUUUUUUUAUUUCUGUUUUAUUCACGUACGUACACGCGUACGUGUGUGUGCAUACGCAUAAACGCAUAUACGCGAACUCUGCGGCCGAAAUCGAAAUCGAUGUCGCAAGUCGCAAGCCGAUGUAGGAGCGUGCAGAGACGUUGAGGAGAUUGUACAGAAGUAGAGGAAUUGGUGAGGCCGGAUGCGGAAAAGUGAAUAUAAAUACGCUGAUAGGGAUAUAUGCAAAGGGACAGAUGUACGAUGUACGUAUUACGGUGAUGCGCAAUGCUACGGAAAAAUACUGGAUCACAUGCUAAUCAGAACCACGUUAACCUCUAUUACGUUUAAUUGAAUAAUUUACUAAAGCCUAUAUAGAUGUAAAGAUUAUAUACCUUAAAUACGUAACUUAACGAAACCACGAUAAGACGAAGGUGGAGAUAAUGCGAAGGGAUAGAAAGGACAGAAACACUCGCACACUCACACACACGCAGACCGACGCACGUGCGCGCAGGCGAUAAUUGUAAAAUUUAGAAAGCGUUUAUUAUUAUUUAUUAUUCUCUUGUACACGUCGGAUGUGUUGCGUUAUAUACAUUAUAUAUAUGCGAAGUUACAGCGAUUAGGAUUUGAUAGCGUAACAGUAGAAAACACGGUUUAAUCCCCUGUAACUUACAUACAUCUUUAUUACGUAGCGGUAUGUAUGAUUCAUAUAUAGGCAGCUUAGAAUUUAGAUUGUUUAGAUAGCUCCCUUAUACGUUUAUUAUACCGCGGUGCUGGCUCGGCAAGGGUGGGAAAUACACGCGACGUGCCAAGUACGAUUUUUUUGUCUUCGUAAAAGGAGAGAAUGAAAAUUGAAACGAUUUUAAAUUCACGUUACGGGCAAGAAGUACCUACAAUAUUUACGUACGUAAAGGAAAAAUGUGAAAUUUAAUGGAAAUUUUAUAUAAAUGAAAGAAAGUAAAAAAAAAAAAAAAAAGAAAAAUCUGUCAAGAGAACUCAGCUAAAAAGUUGAUAGUAAAAAGAAAGAAGAAGCACGCGAAAAAUAUAUAUUGAACAAAAUUGAACCGUCAAAUCAAACGUCUCGGAAAUCGGACGAACUUAUUUAAUUAUUGUACAGUAAUUUUAACGAGACUUACGUUAUAUUAUAUAAUAUAGUAGUACAACGUACGCGCGGAAGUUGAAGUAUUGUCAUAGUGCUCUGUAAUCGAGAAAAUCAAACCCCCGGUGCAACGGUGAUAAAUUUGCUAUUGCAUGCCCGAACCCUCAAACGGUUGAAGUUCGUUCGUUGCUUUGAGCAUCUUGAAUCUGUCUUCACUUUCCGCGCACUUACGAUCGGAAGGGAGGGCGAUAGAAAAAGAGAAAACAAGCGAAAAAUAAUGAGACUCAAACCGUAUGGUUUAAGCGUCGAAGCGGAUUGCAAACGGCUGUUAGAAAUUUUCCGGGUUGUGUAAAAUAGCGGAAAACCUAAGAACUAAGCAGAAACUGUUGUAAAGCGACUCAUCUUUCCUCCCCAACGUCAUCGCGAGGGCGGUUCAUCGAAUGUACCUAUAUAAAUGAGAAUUUCGUUGAGGAGCUGCAACCCGAUUUUGACAACUUCAUUUCACACGGAAAGACAAUUUGCUCGGCCGCAUCAGUACGGUUUAAUUCUACUGCUACUAUGCGCUACUACGACUACUCUUACAACUACUACACUACUACUAUUACUACUACUCUUACAUCUACUACUACUACUACUACUACUACUACUACUACUACUACUACUACUACUAUUAUUAUUAUUAUUAUUAUUAUUACUACUACUACCCAAUUGAUUCUGAUAUUACUAGAAGUGUAGCCAACUUAUGCGUUAUACCCAGUAUCUCGCAGAACGCGUGAACAGGAUAUUGGGUUGAUCUCGAAAGUGAGUUUAUAUAGUGAGUUUAAACGGUAGGUGUGUAUAGGAUGUAUAUAUACACGGAUAUAUGAUAUAACACGCGCGUAAUAACAGCUGCAGUGUUCUGUACAUAUUGAAUGAAAGGAAUUUGAGAUUAUUCGUUUUUAAAACUAUUUAAUACGAGGAGAGAACGAUUAAUUUACGGUGGAAAAAGAAAUUUUUUGGUAUAAUUAAGUAUUAUGGUUAAGUACCUUUACCUUAUAUUAUACAUACAUUACCCUAUUUAAAAAAAAAAACAAAAAAAAAAAAACAAAAAAAAAUCAAAGAAAGAAAGAUGAAAAAUUAUUAAAUUCACCCUGCUCCGCGGACGUGAGGCCAAGUUACCAGUGAAAUAGCAUGUAGUAAGAAUUAUUAUUGCGUUAUUACGAUUUUCAAAUACAGUGCAGUUCGUUCAUUUUGUGGAACCGGUAAACUCAAAUUUGCAGAUUUCUGAAGGAUAUCGUUAAAAAAAAAAACAAAGAACAAUGAAAAUAAUAAUAAUUUAUUCUUCGAAUAUUUUCACGAUAUAAUAAAUUACGUCCAUUGCGUUGAAGCACCGGACUUAUGAGUGUGCAAAAAAAAAAGAGUACCUUUGACUAGAAAUCGGUGGUCCUAAACUCGAAUCUUUUUCAAAUCCGAUAUGACACGCGUAUGUAUGUUGAAUUUUUUCCCCCCAUCAGCUUCAAUUUCCGGCCGUUUGACGGGCUGCGAAAAUUCUUGUGCCGUGUUGUAAAAUUAUUAGAUUCACACGUAGUUUAUUAUCACAACAUGCGAUGUACGUAAAAUAUUAUCAUUAUUAUUAUUAUCAUUAUUAUUAUUAUUAUUAAACUUUGAUAAUGAUCAUCCAUCAUUAUACAUUGUUCUUAUUAUAUUAUAAAUCAUACAUAGCGAAUACUUACGCAUAUAGACACUAGCUCUAUUUAAACGAAAAUUACCGAAAUACGUAUGAGGCAAACUGCGGGAUGCAUCUCCGGUUUGUAUACUUAAAAAAUAUAUGAGGAUAAAAAUUUAGGAUUAUAUGUUUAUACGUAUAAAUAAAUGAUAACGAAAUUCAAACGACAAAAACAAAAAGAAAAAAAAAAAAGAAAAAGAAUAACUAUCUAUGUGUAUAUAAUAUGUAUACAUGAAGAAACAUGAGACGCCCGAAGCGUGCAGUAUUUUAGUGAAGUACGCAGUGCGAAACCGAUAUACGUAAUUUGGUCCAGCUCGUUAAUCGAUCGUUUGUCGAUCUUGACCAGCCUUUAUUCCUUCAGAGAUUUAUUUAUGUAAUUUCCAUUUUCUAAGUAUUAUAUACUAUACCUAUACCCUUAACGAUAUACGUAAAAAAGAAACUAUAAAAUCCGCAACGAAAAGUUAAAUCCUUGGCAAUCGUUCUGUGAACUUGGACCAGAUGAUAGAUAUUGUGAGAUUAGCAGUUGCCGGCGAUGAGUUCGCAGCAUUUUUUUCAUCUUUUUUGUUAAACAAGACGCUUUUCUCAUUGCGAAAACCGCGAAUUCAUGAACUUUGUAGCGGUCCAAUUUGCAUGUCUGUCGUAAGGACUGCAGGUUUUCCAUUCGUCGCGAAAAUGUUUUAUUCAAAUAUCGUCGCGUAUAUUAGUAUAGGCACAUUGUCGCUCGCAAAUACUCGAUUCGCAUGAAUCGCUCGUCGGUAACCGGAGAAUAUGAGAAGGAAAAACAGAAAUAAAAGAGUACGGUGAAAAAUUUGCAACUCUUCAACGGCUGCUGAGAAACUCGAGUCAGCGUACUUUUCCAAGGCUGCGGUAUUUAGUAACGCGUGAGUUUGCACGGAGAACGAUUGUCAGUUAUAAACAUAUAAACCAAUGUACGUAAAAGUAUGAAAAGUAACGAAAGAAAGAAAAAGAAAAAACAAGGAUAAUUUUUAUUAGAAUUACACGUGAAAAUUAUAAAUGCAAAAAUUAUAUAUUUUAACUGUACCCGUACAUAUUAUAUAAUCUAUUUACAGUCGCGUAAUAAAUUGGUAAAUAAAUCGAAUUACGUAAUUAUAUAUAUAUAUAUAUAUACAAGUAAUUGAAUCCCGUGGAUGUAACAUAGCGAGCUAAAAAAAAAAUUCGUACGAGGUGUAUAUGGGUCUAUAUAUAUAGGAUACAUUGUAAUAUUUAGGCGUUCGGGAUAGGGUGUAAGCUCUAAAUUGAACUUAAAAGAAAAAGAAACUUUUCGAUUAAGGAUAAAAUUAAAAUUUAAGGAAACAAAAGAGCGUCGACUGCUACGGGCAGGGCGUGUUUAAGGCGUAUUUUUUAUUGUUGUUUUACCGAUUUCGAAAAUUCUGAUAUCACGGUCGAAACUCGAGUCGGUCGUUGAGAAGUUUAAACCGCGGUUAAAACCUCUUCACUUUGUAAAACAAGUAACAGGAAUGCAGUCAAAGUACAAGAACAUAUUAAGUGGAAAUUAAAUUGCAUCGAAUAAGAAAAAAAAGCGGUUCAAACUUCAAUUUCAGGCUUCGCAAAGAUGUACAUAAUUUAAUAUUCCGAUCGCGCGAUCAAUUCGCGAGCCGUUACAUUAUAUAUACGCGAUCGACACGCGGCAACGAUCCGUUGUUAUCACAUCUUAGAAAUCGAUAAUCAAUUCAUUUUCCUCGUGGAAAUAAAAACUAACAAAUUGGACAAGUUUCUCCGAAAAUUCACCUUCAAAUUCAAAAUUCCCUCGAGUAAUCAAUUACAAAUGCAAUACGCCUACCUUUCGCAUUUUCACUAUCAGACAUUCAGCUAACAAGUUGUUUAUCGCGUUUCUCUGCAUCGAUAAGUCGCGAAUAUUUGAUAGUUUUUCCUUUUUUUUUUAUUGCAUCUUAUUUUGCAAACGCUGGAAUAACAACACCUCCCUGUCCCGGUAAGCACGGCGUUGAAGAGUUCCUCUGCUCCUGUUGCCGCUCUCCCAGCAGGUGCCGAUAGUUAUGUAUACCUUACUCGUGGUUAACAGACACACACACACACACACACACAAAUACGAGUGGCUGAGUAAAUAAACUAUAUCUUACUUAGUUACUUCGGUAUAAAGAUACAUACAUACACAGAUACAUAUACGUAUAAAUAAACUAUCCGUUUACUUUUACUUACCUAUACUUAAUGUUUACCCUCCUGGUGUCAGCUGAAUGCCAACCUGCAUCUUUUUAUAACUCGAAGCUGAAUAUAUACAUGUAUGUAUAUGCAUAUGUACAAAUGACUAAGGGCACUUUGUGUAUACUCUGUUGACGGUGAGGCCACGGUGCACGUAACGGUUUACGGAGUGAUUAUUUAUUUAAAAACAAUAAGAGCGGGGAGGGAAAAUUUCAUUUAUAUAGCAUAAUGGUCCAAUCUCGGUUUAUUUAUUUAUUUUUUAAUAAUUUAUUCUAUUCGUAUUUCGCGUCGUUUUACGGCUAUAUGUUAUAUCUACAUCGCUUUUGAAGCUAUACAUGAACGAGAGAGUCGGGGAAAAGAAAAAAAAGUUUUCACCUGGUCUCACCGAUUAAGAGUUCCACCUUAUUAAGACUGAUAUCUUACACUCAUGUUUUGGAAAAGUGGGACACGAGGUGAAAUGGUGUGUUCCUUUCUUUUUUUUUUUUUUCCUUAUGAACUUGAAAUUGUUUUUCUAUAUCAGUUCUUCACGCUGCUUUAUUUCAUUGUCAUUGAUGAUACAAUCAUUGCAAUAUAAAAAUUGUUAUUAUUUACGACGAUCUUUUGGACAUAGUCAUUUGCUAGUGAAUUAGUGAGGCGGUUACGUCAGUUGCAAAUCUAAAGCCUGAAAAUGAAAAAAAAAAACAAACAAGAAUAAAAAUUCAAUCAAAUAAUGACAUAGCGAAUGAAGGAUACGGAAAUUCUUUUUUUUCUCUCCUUAUCUUCACUCCUGCGUCAAAAAUUAUCAUCGGAGCAAUGCGGCUAAGGUGACGGCCGGCGUCGCGGCGCCGAAUCGCGUGCCGCGACUCUGUGUAUACGAUACCGCGUAGGUAAAGUAGGUACCUGUUGAAUUAGAAUAUGAAAAAUCGAAACAAAAAAUUGAAAAAAAAAAAAAAUAAAAAAAAAAUGGGAAAAAAAUUAUACAAAAUAACGGUAGCAGAGAAUUAAACUAUUUAUUAUGAUAUACUAUAAUGAGAAUUGUAAUAACGAUAAUAAUAAUAACAUUAAUAACGAUAAUAAUAUUAAUAUUAAUAUUAAAAAAAAAAAAAACAACAGCAACAAUAAUAACAAUAAUAAUAAUGUAUUACAUAAAUACUGAGGAAAAAUAAAAGCUGCAAAAAAAUAGUUAAAAAAGAAGAAAAUGUAAACAAGUGAACAAUGAGUAAGUGAAUAACAAAUAGAAAAAUCGGAACGCGCGCGAUUCGCGAUUAAAGUAAUUAAUUGUAAAAUUACGGCCGCUAGAGUAAGACAUGACAAUAUAUAUUAAGCGUCGCAACGCUGCCGUCGCCGCACGUGCUAAAAGUCUAUACAUCAUUAUAGGUAUGGGGCAAACUCGUGUGUACGACAGUUCCUCGUGAUAAGUAUGUUGAUAUUUAUUUAACAAUUUUCGGAAGUCGCAGAGACACAUUUUUCUUUCCGCUCUCUUGCACGCACACGGUAUAUGUGUAAUAACGUGUGUGGGUGUGUGUGUGUGUGUGUGUGCGCGUGCGUGUGUGUGUAUAUAUAUAAAUUGUAUAUAUACGCGCAUAGACGGAAACACACCUACAAAAACACAUAGGCGAACACACGGAGGUGAAUAACCGUAGAUACGCGUUUCUAUGCCUACCAAGCUUUUACAUAACUGUAUAGAUAUACAUUCAUAUACAUAUACCUACCUGCCCACCCUGCUCCGCGUUGAGAAUAAACUUUAUAGAAACGGUUCAAUUCGCACGUAUAUAACGAUACGAUACGAUACGAUAUGAUCCGUGAUAGACGUUAUACCGUAACAUACGAUAUACUCUGUUUACGGAUAUAUUGCGGGUAUGCGUUGGACGAAUAAACUAUGAUCUUGCAAAUUGUUCCCUGCCGCAUGCACGGACAUAUUACACACGUAUGGGUGAUUUUCUUCAAUUUUUAAACAAGCGAUUACAAAGAUUAUACAAUUCGGGGUAUACAUAAUGAGAGCGUAGGUCGUACUACAUAAUGAAUAUAAUUAUUAACGAGAAAAAAAAAAAAAACCUAUAUAUAUAAAUAAAUAUAUAUAUAUAUACAUAUAUAUAUUAUAUAUAAAUUCGUACAUAUAUCUAUGAAAGGAGGAGACGAAGAAGAAGAAGAAGAAAAAAAAAGUAAUAAUGUAACGAAUAAAUAGAAUAAAAUUAUGAUAUUAUUGUAUAAUUACGCAUAAAUAACGUAUGGAUUAUUUUGUAGUGUCCCGCAGUAUGUAAACUACAAGUGUACACA